CCUCCUAUUGGUCUGCUCCUGCCUGGAGGCGGGGCUAGAGGGCGGGGCGUCGGGCUAGCGCCUGGCCAAUCGUAGGCUCCACCGCGCGCGCCCCUGGUUGCCCGGGAAACCUAACAGCUUGCAGCCGGUGUCCACCGCCCGGGCCCACAAGGCGAAGAUGGACAGCCCGUCCGAGCAGGCUGGAGACACUGCGAGCGAAGGCGAAGAUGAGGACAGCCUGACCUUGCGGCCAACGGAGAUCAAAGACAGCCCCGGCCCCCAAACCCCCACCGAAUCCGAGGAGCCACAGCUGGAGCUGGAGGCUGCGGCGGCGGAGGAGGCGGAGGUGGAGGCUUCCGAGCGAGGCGCCGCCGCAGACGAACAGCCCGCGGCCCCGGAAGAGCUGGCGGCCAUCGAAACUGCGGGCGAGGACGAGCCCAGAGAGCCGGAGAGGCCGGCUGAGCUGGAAUCCGAGCCCGAGGAGGCCAAGCCGCGUUCUGAAGGCAGCUCAGAAGAGGCGGUGGACCGAGAGAAGGGCGAGGCGGAGGAGCCCGCGAAGAAGAAAGCCUCGUUCCGAGCGUCGCUGCAGCUGCCCACGAUCCGCGAGGACAGUGCAGCGGCCUGGCGGGUUGCCACAGAGAGAGCGAGACGUGAGGAGGAGGAGAAGGGGGAGGACGAGGAGGACGAGGGGCAGGGUGGGGAAGGGCGCCGGCGGAAGGGUGAGAAAGAGCGGAUACACGGGAGCCUGGGCGGAGGGGAGGACGAGGAGUGGUCGGACGAGGAGUGGUCGGACGAGGAGUGGUCGGACGAGGUGCGGAAGCUGCAGGAGCAACAGCUGCGCAGCGAGCUCCUGGAGCAGUACCACGCCCUGGUGGUGGAGCGCUCCCGCUACCAGCGCUACAACACGUACCUGCAGCAGAAGAUCCGCGAGGCGCUGCGCAGGAAGAAGGGCCUGGACUCUGCCGCGGAGCAGCCGGACAAGGGCCCGGAGCCCGAGGCCCCCGAGAAAGAGCAGGCGUACUUGCACUGCCUGGCCACGCUGGAGGAGCUGAGAAAGCAGGAGUUGGACGACCUGGAGUGGUACCGGAAGGAGGUGGGCCGGCUGGAGCAGCAGUGCCAGGAGAAGCUGGCCAGGGUGGACGAGGAAUGGCGCCGCUUCCAGGCUCUCAAGAAGCAGGUGGUGAUGCAGGCCAUGGGCAGCUGCCGCACACAGGGCGAGCGCCAGGCUGCUCUGCGAGAGGUGGAGCAGAUCCAGGCCCUGGAGGACAAAAAGGAGAAGGAGAUGAGCGCUGUGCGGCUGGAGAACGUGCAGCUGAAGCAGAGCCUGGCGCAUUUCGAAACCAGGAUGAGGGCCCAGGAGGACUUGGCCGAAGGGCCACUGCUCAUUGAUUUUGAGCAGCUGAAGAUAGAGAACCAAACCUUCAAUGAGAAGGCGGAGGAGCGGAACGAGGAGGUUCUGAAACUGCGCGGCAAGGUGACCAACAACGUGCAGAUCAUAUCCCACGUGAAGGAAAAGCUGCACUUCAUGGACCUGAAGAACACGUGCAAAAAGAUGGCGCUUUUGGGGAUCGAGGCUCAGGUGGCCUUGAGAAGGGACAUCUUGACCAAGACUAAGCAAGCCCGCGACAGCCUGCGGGUGGACAACCACAAGCUGAAUCAGAAGUGCGGGCUGCUGGGCAAGGAGUCGCUCCUCAGGGACUUGGAGGAAAAGGCAGACAAGACCCAGCUGCUCACUCAGCGCCUGGAGUCCCUGAAGCGCCACCACGCUGGGCUCGCCCUGUCCUGCAAAGGUGUGAAGCAGAAGAUGAGAGAAGCCAGAGCCUUCCUCCCCUCCUGACCACACCGGCCAGUGCAGGCUGGGUAAACUUUAACUUCAUUCGCUUUUACCCUCCGUGGCUGCCAUUCCUUGAGACCGGUUAAAAUUGGGAUGCGAUGAUAUUUUUGUUUCUUCACUUUUCAUGUAAGGAGGUUUUAAAAGCUGAACCAGUGGGCAGAGUACGGAAAAAUUCCUGUGUAUUAAAUUCUCUUUGUACUUAUUAAAUUGCGUAGUCCUAAAUCCCUCUCUCAACUAGAA